GGAAAGAAGGGGAGGAGGAGAAGGAGGAGGGGACUAGGGUCCUCCCAGUCUGUCCUGAGCUCUGGGCAGGCUCCGUCUGCACCCAGGAGAGCAAUCUUGGACCCAACUUCUCGCUGAAGGGCCUCUCUCUCCUCACAAGCUCAGAGGUAGUUUUCUUGGGGCUCAGGAUGCAGAGGUGGGGGCUGUGGGCCGUGGCCUCUCUGACCCUUCUCUCUGCCCAGGCCUUUCCACAAAUGGACGUCAGUAUCAGCCCAGCCGUGUUGGAGCUGCCCCAGGCAUCCCUGUGCCCCCUUUUCUGGGUGGAAUUCAGAGACCACUGCUACAGAUUCUUCCCUCUCAAUAAGACCUGGGGUGAGGCAGACCUGUACUGCUCUGAGUUCUCCAUCGGCAGGAAGUCUGCCAAGCUGGCCUCCAUCCACAGCUGGGAGGAAAAUGUCUUCGUGUAUGACCUCGUGAACAGCUGUGUUCCUGGGAUCCCAGCUGACGUCUGGACAGGGCUUCAUGAUCAUCGACAGGAAGGGCAGUUUGAAUGGACCGAUGGUUCAUCCUAUGACUACAACUACUGGGAUGGGAGCCAGCCGGAUGACGGUGUCCAUGCAGACCCACAGGAAGAGGAUUGCGUACAGAUCUGGUACCGGCCCACCAGCGCUCUGAGGUCGUGGAAUGAUAACGCCUGUAGCCGGGAGUUCCCCUUUGUCUGCAAGAUCCCAUCACUGACCAUUCACUGA